GCACAUAAGUCAACCUCGAAAAAGUCAAUGUUCUGACAAAAUGAGCCAAAACAACCGAAUUUUAAUCAGAGGUGACGGUCGUUAUGUCGUUUACGGUAUUCACAGCCAUUAUAAGCUGGAUCUGCCCCCAAAACUGAAGUCUCAACUGGCCCCCGAAGAGUUCCAGUAUACAGUGGGCCAAAUAAACGCCCUACUGGCCAAUAAAAUCCCCAAAAACUUCAUAACUCUCCUGGGAGGGUGCAGCCUAUGUUUGUGCUCAGCAGGGCUCACUUUGGGCCCCUCCCUGCUAUUUAACAAAAUAAUUAAAAAGAAAAUCAAGAGGAUACUGGACAAGGAGAACAAAAGGAUGUACAACGGAUUGGGGAUGCACUGGAGCCUGGUAAAAGAGAAGUUCGGCCUAACAGUGGAAUAUGGCUUGCUUGUAGAAUUUAUUCAAAAAGCUGAACUGAGUCCAGAUUAAAAAUAAACACUUGAUAUAUA